AGGUAGACGACCAAUUGGCCAUUAGCCAUCGGCCAUCGUGUCUCAAUCAUCCCUGACAAACUUUGAAUGUGCUAGUCACGAACUGUAAAUAUCCUUCCUGGUUCAAUCCCUUUGAUUCUGUUGGUUUGCUGGUUUACCCAUGACACCAUUCGUCUACAUAUUCUCAUCUAUGGAAUGAGAAAGAAAUUGAAUGCUAAAAUGCCAACGGCAUCAACCAUAUCUUGAGUUGAUAAAUACGAUCUACCUGCCGCCGACACGCCUCCGCGUUGUUGGCGGGUCGUCGUCAUCGCUGGCAUCUUCUUGUCGUGCUGAAAUAUCUUUGGCUUCAUGUUGUUGAUACCUAAAAGCUACCAACCCCCCCACGAACCCGAUUAGCCUGCUUGAGACGCAAAUGCCUCUCCAACCGACGAAAUGGCACUUCGAAAUCGACCAGUACCUGAACCCAUGGAUCCCAGCUGCCCCAUGGAAACAUUUACCAUAUCCCGUAGCCCAUUUUUUGGGCCAUAGGUCAGAGCAUCAGCGACCGUUAGGCAAUAUUGCGAUGACUUUUUGGGCAUUUAUUGGGGUUUUCUGUUCCCUUACCAUCAUCGAAGCAGUGGGCCAUGCCAUCCCCUCUUUUGAGGAGCACGGUGCUCCUAUGAUCAUCGGCAGUUUUGGCGCCGCUGCGGUUCUCGAAUUCUACGCCAUCGAGUCUCCCCUCUCGCAGCCUCGCAACGCGGUUCUCGGACAGUUAUUUUCAUCUCUAAUAGGCGUUGCCAUUAGGAAACUUUUUGCGCUAAGUCCUAUGUUAAAUAAGGUUAUCUGGGUCGCCGGCUCGCUGAGCUGCUCUUGUGCGGUCGCAUUUAUGGCUCUGACCGGCACUGUGCACCCGCCUGCGGGAGCUACAGCUCUACUCGCUGUAAUUGAUGAAGGUGUAGCUCAUCUAGGAUGGUUCUUACCACCCGUUGUCCUGCUCAGCUGCGCCUUGAUGCAGUGUGUAGCUUUACUUUUGAAUAAUAUUCAGAGGCGGUUCCCCGUUUAUUGGUGGACCCCGGCGGAGGUUGGCCGCAGGGAGAAGCAGCAACAGCAGCCGCAACAGCACCAAAUAUCGGAUGAGAAGAGCAGCAACAUCGAUAGCGGUAGUGAUAAUGGAGCUAGGCUCAAGGUUAGUACGAUACGUCAUAUGGAAGAAGGGAAAAUUGUUAUAGAGCCGUCAAGGGUGGUUAUAACAAAAGGACAUGUAGCUAUUCCGGAUGAUAUGUAUUUAUCGCCGGAAGAGAAGAUGUUUUUAGCGGGACUGAGCGAAAGAUUAUAAAUUAUGAAUUAAGAUAGUUAAGCUAUUAUAUUCUAGUCUACAAGAUGAA